CGUCCCCCACCGCCUCUCCACCACUAUUUGAACACAGCAAGCGAGCGUUUUUGGAUUGGAUUGGGUUUGCUCGGUAUCAGCAGAGCGCAGCCUUAACACCUGGGUGGCCUUCAAGCGCUCGCACCUCUUGGAGCAACAGCAGCAGCAGUAACAGCAGCGACUCCAACGUCAACAGCGGCGCCUUUGUCUUCCUUUGUAGCUGUUCAAAUGCUGUGGACUGUGCACUUGGAGGGUGGCCCCCAGCGGGUCAAUCACGCCGCUGUGGGCGUGGGCGAUUUCAUCUAUAGCUUCGGCGGCUACUGCACUGGCUACGAUUAUCGCCACAACGAGCCAAUCGAUGUCCAUGUCCUGAAUGCCCACACCAUGCGCUGGUCGCUGGUGCCGCAGCAGCUGGACGAGGACGGGGAGCCGCUCAAGUAUCCGCAUGUCCCCUUCCAGCGCUACGGUCACACAGUGGUGGCCUACAAGGACCGCAUCUACAUCUGGGGCGGUCGGAACGACGAGUACCUAUGCAACGCCCUAUACUGCUUCGAUCCGAAGACGGCCAAAUGGUCGCGUCCACCGGUCACCGGCGGCCUGCCGGGAGCACGUGAUGGCCACUCCGCCUGCGUGAUCGGCAACAGCAUGUACAUCUUCGGCGGCUUUGUGGACGAGAUCAAUGAGUUCAGCAGCGACGUUCACUCGCUCAAUCUGGACACCAUGGAAUGGCGCUAUGUGCAAACCUUUGGCGCUCCGCCCAGUUACAGGGAUUUCCAUGCGGCGGUCGCCUACGAGCAGGAGCGCAUGUACAUCUUUGGCGGGCGCGGGGACAAGCACAGUCCGUACCACAGCCAGGAGGAGACCUACUGCCACGAGAUCGUCUACCUGGACAUGAAUACCAAAGUGUGGCACCGUCCGUUUACGGCAGGCAAGGUGCCCGUUGGCCGCCGCAGCCACAGCAUGUUUGUGCACAACAAGAUGAUCUAUGUGUUUGGGGGCUACAACGGCCUCCUGGAUCAGCAUUUCAACGAUCUGUACACCUUCGAUCCGCGCACCAAAUUGUGGAAUCUGAUCCGUGCCAAUGGCAAGCCACCGACGGCUCGCCGAAGGCAAUGUGCCAUUGUGAUGGCCACCAAAAUGUUCCUGUUUGGUGGCACCAGUCCCAGAGGCGAAGCCGCCUCCAUUGAUGCCGUCCCAUUGCCUUCAAUGACCGCCACGCUUACCCAGGAGGCGGCCGGCGGCGGUGCAAACGGAGGAGCACCGACGGGCGUGGCCCUGAUCGAUUACAGUGAUCUGCAUGUGCUGGACUUUGAUCCGACCCUAAAAACGCUGGCCACGAUGGUAGUGCUGGAGCACCAGCUGGACAUCUCGGGGCUGCCGCGUAGCUUUCGCUCCGACCUGCAAAUGCUCACACUGCCGAACAGUAUUAGCCGGCCGAUAAACCAGGCCGGCUAGCAGCCCAAAGGGCAGCUGGAGACGGUUGUGUGAACGAACGUCAACUGCCACAACUAAAACUACACUGAAUCUGGGAGCCACUAGUCCGGUUCCUGGUACUUAAAACCAUGGUAGGAGCGAGCUCGAAUUGCACAUAACGCAGCGAUAACAAGAACGAUGAUGACGAGAAAAGGAGAGAAGUGAAAAUGGAGAAGGACGAGACCAUGAUGCAACCACAUAACCACAUCAUGCAGGCAAAAACUGAAAACCUGACAUAGUUGCAUCAUGGCAGACACUACGAAGAGAGAGAAGCCCCUUGCUGUUGGUACACACUUAUAAACAAAACAAAAGCCCCAAAUACUUGAAAACUGCGAAUGACACUAUGAAUGCUGAUAGCGCUGUAGUUUGUAAAACAUUUGUAUCAAGAAGCCCAAAUAAAAACUCCAUUAACUAUAUAA